UAAAGUCGAUGGGCGUACUUCUGACUCGCAGAAACAAAAAAUUAAUUGCACGUCAUAUAAGUUCGCUAUUGGCUUUCAAAUAAGUACAAAUAGUUUCCGUGAACUUGAAUGAAUAAAAAACAGCACAGUCAGCCUUCCAGCCUCAUAAAAUAGUUGUUGGACGCAAUUAUCAGUCGGCGAGCUUGUUUUUGUUGUAACUAAUAAAUUUAACACGAAAAUAACAUUAUUGUUUCCCACUGAUAAGCACACUGUGCGCAUUGAUUACAGGGUAUUAAGACCAUUCGAGUGAAGCCUGCUGUUUUUCGGGCCACGAUGACAGAACAUCUCCCGCCGGUCAUCAGUAGCAAUCAGAAAGUCGCCGACUACGGCAGCACGACGAGCGCCAACCUAGCUAAGAAUCAGCAUUCGCAAUCGCUUCCAACCGGUCCAACAGCUCGUCCACAGCGAUCGCCCUCCUUCCUGCAGCUGAACGCAUCGGCGGGUGGCCAUCGAUAUUCAAGAAUGUCGCAUAAUAAGCUGCAUAGUGAUUCCCAGCAGCCGCUGGAGCGUCUGGAGUACUUUCUGAAUGUGCUCAAUCAAAUGUGCAUUGGAUUCAUAACCAUCUACAUAUCCUACCUCACGCUGCAAACGGGUCUCGCAGGCACUGGACUGCACGCCUGGCUGGUUACCAUUGGGUUCUCGUUCUUCAUGGCGGAAGGUGUAAUGGUUCACUAUGGUGGCAACGUGCUAACAAACAGCUACAAGAGAACCACAAAGACCACAAUCCAUUGGAUUCUAUUGACGCUGGGCGGCGGCUGUGGGGCAGCCGGUGCCCUGAUCAAAAUGAUACAGAAGGGAUUUCUGUUGAAGUCCACCCAUGGCAGAUUGGGUUUGACCGCCUUCAUACUAUGUCUACUGGCCAUGAGCUCCGGAUUGGCAGCUCUCUGCUCGGCGCGCGUUAAGAAACUGAUCACGCCGCUGCUAAACAAAGCAUUCCACAAUUUCCUGGGUUUCGCCUGCUUCGUCAUCGCCUUAGUCACCCAGUACUACGGAUAUGAGACGGGUUAUUUUACGCACCGCACUGAGACUGACCUGCAAAUCUUGAUGAAGUGCUUAACACUUGUUUCGCUGGUGCUCAGCAGCUACGGCCCAAUGAAGGGACUCUACCACAAAAUAAAGUCCAUCUCAAGUCAAUUCUAAAGCGGACAGAUUAUUCGCUGACCUCCGGCGAACUGCUCUGUGUGAUGAGCUUUCCUUAUCGCUUCCCCGCGACAAUCUAUUAUUGUAUUUAAAACUGCUUUAGACUUAAACACCGUGAAUUCCCCAACAAUACAUAACUCACGCCGGUACACCUAGCUGUUGGAAUCCCCCAUGAGCAUAUUGGCCUGCAGUUCAAGCAAAGUUAAAGAUAAGAUCGGUAAAUUAUAUAGUCGUUGCCUUGUGCUGGUCACGUACAACUCAUUCGUAACACGAAUCGGAUUACUUUUGACAGUAUCAGCUAUGCCAACAGAUAGUUGUCUCACAUGCAUGCCAAAUUAAACAGGCCCUCAUUUUAAUACAUAAGAAUAAAAUAUAAUUUCAAGACUAACUUCAAC